AAUUUGUAAGACGAUCCCGCCGCCCUGAGCCAUCAGCAAUCCUUAGCAUAGGGGCACAUUCAUGCAUUCCUGUCAAGUCAUCUUGUGAAAGGCUGCCUGCUUCCAGCUUGGCUUGGAUGUGCAACCUUAAUAAAACUCACUGAGGUCUGGGAGAAAAUAGCAGAUCUGCCGCAGAUAGGGUAGAGGAAAGGGUCUAGAAUAUGUACACGCAGCUGACUCAGGCAGGCUCCACGCUGAACGGUUACACAGAGAGGAAACAAUAAAUCUCAGCUACUAUGCAAUAAAUAUCUCAAGUUUUAACGAAGGAAACUGUCAUUACAGUGAAAUAAAAAAUAACAUUUUAGAACAAAGCUAUCCAAUGGCUACUUUUCUAUGAUUCUCCUUCAAACGCUUUCGUUGAGGGGGGAAAAGUCAAAUAAACAAGCAGUUUUACCUGAAAUAAAGAACUAGUGUAAAGGUCAGAAGAAAGGAGCAAGUUUUGCGAGAGGCACGGAAGAAGAGUCUGGCAGUACAAUGACAGUGUUCCUUUCCUUUGCUUUUCUCGCUGCCAUUCUGACUCACAUAGGGUGCAGCAACCAGCGCCGAGGUCCAGAAAACGGUGGGAGAAGAUAUAACCGGAUUCAAUAUGGGCAGUGUGCCUACACUUUCAUUCUUCCAGAACACGACGGGAACUGUCGUGAGAGUACGACAGACCAGUACAACACAAACGCUCUGCAGAGAGAUGCUCCACACGUGGAACCGGAUUUCUCUUCCCAGAAACUUCAACAUCUGGAGCAUGUGAUGGAAAAUUAUACUCAGUGGCUGCAAAAACUUGAGAAUUACAUUGUGGAAAAUAUGAAGUCGGACAUGGCCCAGAUACAGCAGACUGCAGUUCAGAACCACACGGCCACCAUGCUCGAGAUAGGAACCAGCCUCCUGUCUCAGACUGCAGAGCAGACCAGAAAGCUGACAGAUGUUGAGACCCAGGUACUUAAUCAAACUUCUCGACUUGAAAUACAACUGCUGGAGAAUUCAUUAUCAACCUACAAGCUAGAAAAGCAACUUCUUCAACAGACAAAUGAAAUUCUAAAGAUUCAUGAGAAAAACAGUUUAUUAGAACAUAAAAUCUUAGAGAUGGAGGGAAAGCACAAAGAAGAGUUGGACACCUUAAAGGAAGAGAAAGAAAACCUUCAAGGCUUGGUUACUCGUCAAACAUAUAUAAUCCAGGAGCUGGAGAAACAAUUAAACAGAGCCACCACCAACAACAGUGUCCUUCAAAAACAGCAGCUGGAACUGAUGGACACAGUCCACAACCUUGUCAACCUUUGUACUAAAGAAGGUGUUUUACUAAAGGGAGGAAAAAGAGAGGAAGAGAAACCAUUUAGAGACUGUGCAGAUGUAUAUCAAGCUGGUUUUAAUAAAAGUGGAAUCUACACUAUUUAUAUUAAUAGUAUGCCAGAACCCAAAAAGGUAUUUUGCAAUAUGGAUAUUAAUGGGGGAGGUUGGACUGUAAUACAACAUCGUGAAGAUGGAAGUCUGGAUUUCCAAAGAGGCUGGAAAGAAUAUAAAAUGGGUUUUGGAAAUCCCUCUGGUGAAUAUUGGCUGGGGAAUGAGUUUAUUUUUGCCAUAACCAGUCAGAGGCAGUACAUGCUAAGAAUUGAGUUGAUGGACUGGGAAGGAAACCGAGCCUAUUCACAAUACGACAGAUUCCACAUAGGAAACGAAAAGCAAAACUAUAGGUUGUAUUUAAAGGGUCAUACUGGGACAGCAGGAAAACAGAGCAGCCUGAUCUUACACGGUGCUGAUUUCAGCACUAAAGAUGCUGAUAAUGACAACUGUAUGUGCAAAUGUGCCCUCAUGCUAACAGGAGGUUGGUGGUUUGAUGCUUGUGGCCCCUCCAAUCUAAACGGAAUGUUCUAUACUGCGGGACAAAACCAUGGAAAGCUGAAUGGGAUAAAGUGGCACUAUUUCAAAGGCCCCAGUUACUCCUUACAUUCCACAACUAUGAUGAUUCGACCUUUGGACUUUUGAAAGCACAAUGUCAGAAGCAAUUAUAAAAGCAACAAAGAAAUCUGGAGAAGCUACCAGAUGAGAAAUUGCUUGAAAACUUCUGAAGCAAACAAUAUUGUCUCCCUUCCAGCAAAAGUGGUGGUCAUGUGAAGUCACCCAGGCUCUUGACUGUGGAUUUGGAGCCUCUUGAGUUCACAAAAGUCUCUACUUGGGAUCACCAUGUUUAUAUGGCUUGACUAUAGAGAAUGCCACUUAUGGUCAUGCUUUAUAAAGGGAAGAAACUGCUCAGCUCGAUGUGCUUCAGACUACUACUGGAUCUUAUUUUGGAAUGAUGGUAGCCAGAUGAUAAAUAUGAUUUACUUCAUGUAAAACAAACAAAAGAAAAGGUGAAUUUUUUUUAAAAAAAAAGGAUAUACGAGAAGAAUAGAAAGAGGUCUGCCAUAAACCUUUGGAAAAGAUGUACUACACCAGCGAAAUGGUGUUAUAUCUAUGCAAACUUACUAACAAUUAAGUUUAUACUGUUGCACAAUUAUGAUAAAAGUUAAGGAAAGACAGUGUUGUCCUCUAGGUUGGUUCAAUGUUAAUGGAUUUCAGAAUCCAAAUUAUAAUAUCAUACUUAAUAAUUGAUUUUAGUUAACCCAUCUUCAAAUGUAAAUUCCAUUUUUGUAAGCCAUAAUGGAUUGUAUUAUAUGGAGAAUAAAAGUGUGAUGUAGAAACA